AUGACUUCGAUGUUUGAUCAAUAUGAAAGAGCAUCCCAAAGAUCCAAGCCGUCUGGAUCGGAUCUUAUGAAACCCGAUAUUAGUACGGCUGGGUUUAUCCAAAUGAAAUUACAAGAUGAAGAACCCAUUUUUACGAGACAAAGGGUUAACUUUAAACCACCUGAUAAUAUUUUGCAUUUAGCAGUUAGUAGUAAUUUUAUCAUGAUUGCUAUGGCUAACAAUAUCAUAUUGAGAAUAGAUGUCAAAUCUCCUGAUAAAAAAGAAGAAAUUGAUAUAUCAAAAUAUGUUACGAAUAUGAAAUUAUCUGGAUUAUAUCUAGAUCCAUUGGGUAAUCAUUUGCUUAUUACUAUUGUUUCUAAAAAUGGUGACAGUCCUCCAGCGGAUUUAUUUUAUUUACAUAGAACUUCGACUAAGUUAAAGCAGGCUGGAAAAUUUCGAGGUCAUGAAAUAACAGCAGUAGCGUGGAAUUUUGCUAAUACAUCUGCAACAACAUCUGGUCCUAUUUUAUUGGGUACAUCGAAAGGUUUAAUUUUUGAAACUGAAAUCGGUUUAGAUGGGGAUAAAAUAUUCAAUACCAGCUUGGAACAGUACUGGAAACAGCUUCCUAAUUAUUUGCCUCUUUAUGCCAGUAAGGAAGUAGAUGGAUUGGUGUUCGACAUUGGUGAAGAAAGUAAACCCCCUAUUACUGGUCUAGCAUUUCAUAAAGUACCGUAUUCUGAUAAAUAUAUUAUAAUAGUGACAACUCUUAUUAGAAUUUAUCAGUAUAUGGGUACAAUAUCAAAUCCUCAAGAAAAACCACUUCUUCAACAAAUAUUUAGUAAAUAUCUUAAUAUUAAAGAACGUUUCAAUCAGUUAGAAAACUCAUUGCCUUAUUCGCGAAUGCAGUUUUAUUAUCCAGGAUCAAAAGGCAUACCAUCAUCAUUUGGUUGGCUAACAGAAACCGGAAUUUUAUAUGCAGAAAUAGAUCCUAAAAAUGAUCCAGAUAAUGUUUUAGUAAAUCAAGAAAUGAUAUGUUGUCCUGAAACUAGCUUAAGUGGAAGUACAGUUUCACGAACGUCAGUUGCACCGAUUAACUUCGUUUUAACUAAAUUUCAUGCUUUGCUACUCUAUAGCGAUCAUGUCAAAGGUAUUUCGUUAUUAAAUCAAGAACUUAUAUUUGAAGAUAUUUAUAAUGACGCAUUUGGGAAAUUAGUCAAUAUUACUAAAGAUCCCAUAACUGGUUCGAUUUGGGCCUAUACUGAACGUGCUUUAUUUAAAUAUAAAGUUACUAAAGAAGAAAGAAAUGUAUGGCAGAUUUAUAUGGACAAAAGUGAAUUCGGUCUCGCAAAGCAGUAUUGUAAAGAUAAUCCAGCUCAUGUUGAUCAAGUACUUGUCAAAGAAGCUGAAAUGUUAUUUAAAAAUAAAGAAUUUGAAAAAAGUGCAAUGAUUUAUGCUGAUACUCAUUCCUCAUUUGAAGCAAUAUCAUUGAAAUUUUUACAAGAAUCACAAAUUGAGGCAUUGAAAACAUUUUUAAAGAAGAAAUUGGAAGGUUUAAGACCCCAAGAUAAAACCCAAAUAACAAUGAUUGUUGUGUGGCUAGUUGAAUUAUUUAUGUAUCAAAUGGGAAAAUUAAGGAGUAAUUUAAUAUCUCACAACCAUAAUUCAAAUCUAAUAGAAUUACAAAAACAAUUUGACAGUUUUUUAUGCACACCUACUGUUGAAGAUUGUAUUAAAAAAAAUUUUAGUACUAUUUAUAAGUUAAUGGCUAGUCACGGUGAUAAAGAUAAUUUAAUUCGUUUAACUAUAAUGCACAAGAAUUACGAAGAAGUGAUUCGUCAACAUAUUUAUAAAAAUAAUUAUUUAGAAGCUCUUGAAGUUCUAAAAAGUCAAGGGAAUAAAAAUCUUUUUUAUCAAUUUUCUGGAAUAUUAGUACAAGAGUUACCUAAACCAACAAUCGCAGCUCUUAUUUCUCAAGGUGUGCAAUUACAGCCAUCAAAAAUUUUACCUGCAUUAGUAUCGUGUGACAGCGACGAGAGACAUGCGAAAGAAGUCAUUAAAUACUUGGAGUUUUGUGUAUAUAAGCAAAGUUGCCCAGAUCAAGCAGUUCACAAUUUCCUGUUGUCAUUAUAUGCUAGAUAUAAACAGGAUGAAGUGAUGCGUUAUAUUGGAUCACAAGGCCAAGAUAUAACUAUGGUACAUUAUGAUGUCCACUAUGCACUACGUCUUUGUCAAGAAGCUGGUUUGACAGAAGCUUGCGUGCAACUGUCAGCUCUUCUUGGUUUAUGGACUACAGCUGUUGAUUUGGCAUUGACUAUUAACGUUGAUUUAGCUAAGCAAGUUGCUGCAAUGCCAUCUCAUCAUGAUAAUGAAUUGAAGAAAAAAUUAUGGUUAAAAAUAGCGGAACAUGUUGUACGAGAACGAAAUGAUAUCCAACAAGCAAUGGAAUUUCUUCAACAGUGUGAUUUAGUUCGAAUUGAAGAUAUUUUACCAUUUUUCUCUGAUUUUGUAACAAUUGAUCAUUUUAAAGAUGCAAUUUGUAAUUCUCUACAAGAAUACAAUCAACAUAUUCAAGAUCUUAAAGAGGAAAUGCAAGAAGCUACUAAAUCUGCUGAAAUAAUUAGAAAAGAUAUCCAAGCAUUUCGAACUAGAUGUACUUUUAUACACGUGAGAGAUACAUGUAAUUCAUGUCAAGUUCAGUUAUUAUUGAGACCUUUUUAUGUUUUUCCAUGCGGUCAUAGAUUUCAUAAUGAUUGUUUGAUUUCCGUAUUAACACCACUAUUAACGACUGAGCAACAAAUGAAAUUGACAGAUCUCCAACGUCAAUUGACGAUGUUGUCAAAGAAACCUGAAGAUACUACAUCAGUCGGGUCCUUUGAUGUACGAUAA